AUUAUCUUACCCAAAUUGCAUUCCCUCCACAAAUGUCCUCGUCAGCAUACCCUCCACUGCUGCUUCCGCUACAGAGACAGCCACACCUCCCAACCCAAGUCUUCGUCAAUUCCUUCAUUCGUCCUUCUCACAAACUGGUCGCUUUGGCAAAACCAAAGAGAAAAGCCCACGCCGUCAACGAAAAUCACAUGCGUUCUCGAAUCCCAAUCACAUCUCCUCUUCUGGUACACAAUGGCCACCAAAUCCCUACCAAAAUUCCAACUCCUUUCUCCAAACCUUCUUCUUCCUCCUCUUCUAAUUGCUCGCAUCUCUGCCUUCCGCUCUCGGCCUCGGCGAUGGCGGCGCUUUUCCAUCCUCGAAGUCUGAGGCGGGCGGCGCUGGUCGCAGGGGUUCUGAACCUCGCUAUCAUUGCUCUCGGUACCGCCCUCUUUUCCGUCUCCCUUUCUCGUUGCGGCGCCCUGGAGAAAUCCGCCGUCGCUGGUGUCUUUGCGGCGGCCGUGCUCAGGAUCGGAUCCAUGUUACGCAUAGGGAUAGCCCAGGCCCACGCCGCUGUAUCUAUUGCGACUGCUGCAGCCGGAGACCCCCGGAUGGAAAAUGCCGGCGAUGAUUCCCGCCACCGAAGAAGGAGACGAUACAGAAGAUGGCUUUGGUGGACAAGGUGUGGAAUGCUGGUCAAUGCAUUGCAGUUUGUGAUGGCGCUUUACCUGAUGUAUAUUAUUAUGAAGGAUUUUGCUAGGCAAGGUGGAGAUUCUACUGUAUGUUUUCUAGGACAUGAGACGGAAGAUAAGGGGAAAAAGUUCUUAAUGGCUUCAUUUCUUGUGCUUGUGUGGCUUGUGGUUAUCAUUCAGUGUAUCACGGGAUCUGAUGUCCUAAGAUGGAGAUCAUUCUAUGCAACCCAAGAUCGUGCCUGGAAAGUUCACUAUAGUGAGGUGUUUGAUCAUGGUAUUAGGGAGGCUUUGUGUUGCUUGGGACGUGUAAAAUAUCUGAGUGUCUUGGAGGAAGAUGAGGUAUUCUCUGUAGCAAGUUUAUUAGGUGAUCUUGUGGCUUAUAGAGCAACCGGCACUGGCCAUUUUGAACUCUUGGCAGGGCUUGCUCUUUUGCAGAGUCAUAAACAACCUACAAAAUCAUACAAUGAGGACAUGGAAGCGCCUUUAGCACGUAUUCAAGAGGCCGCAAUUCUUCAUCAAUUUGCUGAAGCUGCAUAUACAGGACCUUUGCUUGACUUCGGAAGGAAUCCGGUUCUCUUUCCAUGCUCCUGGCUCUGUAGACAAGGAGUUUUGACUCCCUGCACCCGCAACAGGCGUCCUGUACUUGAAGGUGACAACUGGUGGCGAGGGCAUGCUGCAGCAUUUUUGAAGUCUGCUAAUUUGUCCCCACAAGCUCUUAGGCGUGGUCGUGUUAUUCAAAAAAAACGCGAGGCAGCAUAUUUCAUUGUGGUUAUCCAUGAGCUACAUUCAGUGGUGAUUGCCAUACGUGGUACAGAGACUCCUGAAGACCUUAUUACUGAUGGUUUAUGUGGGGAGUGCAUUCUUUCUGAAGAGGACUUAAAUGGCCUGAUAAACUGUGAUCAAUUGCUUUCAAGUGUGAGGGAAACUGUUGCCUCUUCUUCCCCACAUUAUGGUCAUUCCGGGAUAGUCGAAUCUUCUCGUGAGCUUUACAUGCAAGUUGAUUGUCCGCCGGGAGACUCGUCUCAAACAUCUGGGUUUCUUUCCUCAUUGCUGGGGACUGGUUGUGAAUGUGAAGGGUAUAAAGUUCGUUUGGUUGGGCAUUCAUUAGGAGGUGCUGUUGCUACAUUGUUAGGAUUGAGGCUGAAAGAAAGAUACCCAAACUUACAUGUUUAUGCAUAUGGAACUCUUCCAUGCGUUGAUUCUGUCAUUGCAGAAGCUUGCUCAGAUUUUGUUACAACAAUUGUCUACAACGAUGAAUUUUCUUCACGGCUCUCAGUUAAUUCAAUCCUUAGGCUCCGUUCAGCUGCUAUACAGGCUCUCUCAGAUGAUGCUUCAGCCAAUUCUGCUGUAAUUACUAAACUUGCUCGAAAAAUUUUAAAUGUUCGAAAACGCCAUAUUAAUGGGGAAAUCCAAAACCAGUCGACAGCUUCUCCUAAUAUUGAAACAAAACCUGACAGAGUAGAAGACCAAAACCAUCUUCAUCGAAGGCCUGUAAAAUAUUCCAUUCAAGGUGGGUUUUUUCUGUGUGGCCUUGCAGUUUCUUGCAUGACUAAUGCUCCCAUUCAUCAGCCUGGUUCAAGUGUCAUAAAUGGAACCAUAUUAGAACCUUCAGUUUCCUCAAGGCAAACUUUCUCUUCGACCUCAGAGAGCGACCAAAAUAAGAAAGAUCUCCCAGUAAAGUGCUCUACAUAUGAUGAUUUGGAAUAUGGAAUUCUAAAUGAGGGUGAUUAUAAUCCCACAAUGCUGAAAGAUGGGGUGGUCCUGCUGAUCACCAAAUGGAACCUUUCUAUGAUGAAAACACCAAUUCUACAAUUCCUACCAAGAUUAUUGAAUUGAAAGAGAUGUUUCUUCCUGGUUUGAUCAUUCAUAUAAUUCCUGAGCGUACAAAAAAUGUUCCACUCUGGAAGAUCUGUAUGCCCAAUGGAGUGAAGGCAGCUCAUAAAGCUUAUGUUGCAAAUAGAGAGAACUUCAAGGAUAUGGUUGUGUCUCCUUACAUGUUUCUUGAUCAUCUUCCAUGGAGGUGUGCUUAUGCAAUGCAAAGAGUUCUAGAAACUCAGAAGCCUCAGCUUCAGCACCAUAUCGUAAGUAGCGCAGCAGAUAUGGUAUAAAGUUAGUCAUACACUCCAGAAAUGUGAUAUUAAAGCAGACGCAGCCAAUAACAUUACCCUGCAAGUUGGACGUUUCUGAGCUCUAAUGAUCUGACACUGCUGAAUGUUAAAGCAGCAAUUCAACGCUGAAGAUUCUAAAAAAGCAUAGAAGCCUGCAGCUUCGUGAUGGAGUUCAGGCGCAGGUCUGGUGAUCUUUUAGUUUUUAUUUAUAUUAUUGCUCGCCUUCAAAAUUUGAAAAAUUGGCUUGAGCAAUUGAGUUUAUAUUGUAGAUAAUUUACUAGGUACAUGAUCUCUAACUUCUGUUGAAUGAAAUUAUUAAUUUUACGAGU